CAUCUCGUGUCGUUACCGUGUCGUAAUCGUGUCGUGUCGCGGUCAGACAUUGUGUUGUGUUGUGAUAACAAGUUUGUUUGGAUUUUUUUUGUGUUAUUCUGAUAAACCUCAAAUAACCACUUGGUCUUCCAAAAACGAUGGGCUAGCGCUCAUGCAGCUCACAACCAUGAACGAAAGCCGCGAGCGAAUCAGACGCGAGCGAGAGAGGGAGAAGAACACGUACACUUCUCCUCGUCUUGCAUUACGUCGCGUCCUGCUAUUGGCUGAAGGGAGACAGUUCAGAGAAGCCGCUGCAGUGCUGGCGAGGCUCGGGCCGGGGGUGCUGCAGAGCGUGGCUUCGGAGCUGCCGAUAGAUUUGAUGGUGGAGGCGCUCCCGCAUUCAGCGCAUCUCAUUGAGACGCUCUUGAACAGAUUAAUAUCCCUGGAGAUAUCACCCCGGCCGGAGGUGCAAUGCGAGGCAGUGGCAUGGCGGUUGGUGGGACUCCUCGGCAGCGACCAGGGUUCAGGUCUGAGGGCCAGGACUGCGAGGCUGGCAACCGCCUUGGUGCACUAUACACCAGACACGAAGGAGGCGAUAGAUGCAAGAAGGAGGCAGUUGGAUGCCGCAGUCCAAGGACUGGGCACUCAUGGCCUGACGGCAGACUCUUCAGGUACCCUCAUCUCCCUCCACGUGGCGAUGAAGAAUGAGCUUCAAAGACAUGUGGACGUGUAUAAACAGGCGCUGCACAAGCUGGAGGAGCUGUCAUCGGUCACAGUCAACCAAGACCCAGCUUCGUCCUCCCACCAACGCCUGCUGGCUCUCUCUCAUGCUGAUGUGGAGAGACGGUUAAUAGACAACAAGUCUCUCCUGACCAUUGUGGACAAGCCUGCUUUGAGACAGCUGCCUACCCUGGUAGCGUCGCUGUCUGCCAGGGUGGAGAGCGACAAGGCGGUGUUGGCGUGUGUCGGGCAGAUUAAGAGGAGUGACCCUACCCUGGAUUUGAGCGAUACGCGGCCUGUAGCUGGUGUGUUGAUGAGCUACUCCCGCGGAUGUGCGGCGGUGCUCACCCAGAUGUCUGAAGGGGAGACGAGCGUACCAAAUCCGGUCGCGCCGCGCUCUCCGACCGACUCCGCGUCCGACGGGUAUCAUUCGGACAGCGACGACUCCCAUCAACACCAGGACAGAAGCAAGCUGGUAUCGCAGUACGCGGCGGUGUGGGCCCGUGCUGCGGACGAGACGUUGCCAGCUCUGUCCGCCUUGGAGCCACUGCGGCAGACCCCGCAUCUGAAGUAUAAGAUUGUCUUCUCUAUUGUCGUUCUGUCGUUCCGCGCCGCAAUAAGUCUGCGCGACCGGCGACUAAGCGAGGUGAAGUCCAUAUUAGGGGCGGACGACUCCAGCACCAGCGAGCCGGCGGUCGCACGACUCCUCGCGGCCGCGACUCGAGUCCUGCACGAGACAGCCCACAGCUUCCCCCUGGGGGAAGCUGAGAGGACUGUCAUCAACCAGGUACUGAACACCCUUCGAGAGUACCCGUGUCUGGGCGGGUGCGGAGCCCUGCACUCGCUGGUGGCGGCGGCCUGCCGCGCCGCCUGGACCAUCAGCCUCAACUCUCCGCCUUUGAGGAUCGAUACUGACUUCACACCUGUGGUGAUGAACCCCGAGAAGCACGUGCGGUUCACCGUGGGGGAAGCCCGGGAGCGGAGGUCGGACCUGAUCAAGAGCUUCGUGUGGCCCGCGCUGAUGGAUGGCACCCGAUGUGUCUUCAGAGCUGUGGUGUUGACGUGAAUUCUUCAUCAGGCUUCUUCCACGAUGAUGAUAGUACAUACAUACAUUGUACAUAAAAUCACGCCUCUUUCCCGGAGGGGUAGGCAGAGACUACCUCUUUCCAGUUUCUUUCAUGAUGAUAGUUUAGGAAAAAAAAUAUAAAAAAUAUCCUUUAAACAGUUUGCAUGUUCUUGAGAAAGUUUGAAAGACAAUUUUAAGUAUGAUUGGGACUCAAAUCGUUGGUGAAUUUCCGUUACAUAUUCUGUAGAAAUGUCUUUUUUUUUGGGUAAUUUUUAGUAGAAUUGAUGAAAUAUCUGAAUGAGAAGACUAUUUUUGAUAUGUGAUCAUUUAUGUAUCUGUGAUGUCAUGGAUCAUGUAUAUGACCUUCAUAAAUUUUUAGAGGGAAAUUGGGGAAAAUCACAAUUUUAGCAAAAUCAUCGCUUCGUAUAAUUUUUUUUUAAUGUAAAAAUUACGCGAAGUUAUGUCUUUAUAGGACCCAAUAAUAUACAAUUGUUGUGACGUGUGAGAGGUGUUGAUGUUUUGUUGAUAUUUCGUUGCUUGUCUAGCAGUGGACUACUCAGGUGAGACGGUGAUAUCAUUAUUUGUUUUAAAUUUAGUUUUGCGUCACAAAAUUCCAGUCGAUAUUCAUAUUGAAAAUAUUCAGCAAUGUCAACAUAUUGAUAAAUUAAUCUUUGAUACUGUUAUCAUUAUUUUUGUAUAACAUUGUAAUAUAUUUUAUACCUAUGUUAAUUUUGAUGAAUUUUUAGGUUAAUUGUAUUAUCAUAGUAUUUAUCUUUUGUAAAUAAAUCAGUGACGUUGAGAUUGUAUUUUUAUAUAAUG